UCGCCGAUAUGAUCCACACACUUUCACUCUUGCUGCACUGGACAGAGACACGGUCCUGAAACCGCGAGAAAAAACAGUCUCUCUCUCAUCCGUGCACGCUGCUGUUGAGCGCUCACCCGAGAGGAGGGAAGGGGUAGAAGAGGAAGUGGAUGGGUAGAAGUCGAAGACUUGCAUUUUAAGCAAAGUGCUCAGAAGAAAAGGGGCAGACGAGAAAGAAGGGGAGAGAGUCAGAAUCAGCAGAGAGAGUGUGAGCGGGAGAGAGCGCAUUCUUAUCACGUCUUCAUUUCUCCUCUCUCUUCUCUUUCGCCCCAGCCAUUGAGAGAAGAUGAGGAAACCGAGAGAGAGAGAGGAGAGAAAGAUAUAUUGAGCAAGAGAAAAAAAAAAUAAGGAGAUUCAAACUAGUGGUCUUUUCCCCGAUGUUUUCUCAGUGCUCCACGAAACUAAGCCCGGCAUCGGACGGUGAGCGGGACGCACCGGGCAGCAGCAGACAUCGCAGGAGGAUAUGUGAAGUUGGAAUCGCUGCUGUGAAGUGGCUCUGUCCCUGGAGCCAACACUUCAUCCCCUUGGUGUCAGCAAGGAUGCUGUGGGUUACCUUGCUGAGCACCAUAGCCUUAGGAUGGACCACACCAAUCCCACUACUAGAAGACUCAGAAGAGAUCGAUGAACCCUGCUUUGAGCCCUGUUACUGCGAGGUCAAGGAGGGCAUCUUCCACGUCCACUGUGACAGUAAAGGAUUUACAAAUGUCAGCCAGAUAUCCCAGAUAUGGAGCCGACCCUUCAAGCUCAAUUUGCAGAGGAACUUGAUGAGGAAGCUUUAUUUCAACAGCUUCCUCCAUCUCAACAACGCUAUAUCCAUCAAUCUGGGUAACAACGCCUUGCAAGAUAUUCAUGCUGGAGCAUUCAAUGGCUUAGGAAUACUCAAACGGCUGUUCCUGCAUGAAAACAAACUUGAGGUUUUCAGGAAUGAUACGUUUCUAGGUUUGGAGAGUUUAGAGUAUCUCCAGGCAGACUACAAUGUUAUCAAAAGGAUUGAAAGUGGUGCAUUCAGGCUCCUCCACAAGCUAAGAGUCCUUAUACUGAAUGACAAUUUGAUCCCCGUUCUCCCAAAUUAUCUUUUUCGUUCGGUAUCCCUCACACAUCUGGACCUGAGAGGAAACAGACUAAAGACAUUACCAUACAAGGGCACACUGGAGUAUGUUGGGAGGAGCUUGAUGGAAAUCCAGCUGGAGGAGAACCCUUGGAACUGUGUGUGUGAAAUUGUCCAGUUAAAGACAUGGCUGGAGAGAAUCCCUUAUACAGCCUUGGUGGGUGAGAUCACAUGUGAGUACCCAUUCCACUUACAUGGAAAAGACUUGCGGGAAAUCAAGCGCAGUGAGCUCUGUCCUUUGCUCUCCGAUUCAGAGAUUGAGGCCAAACUGGGAAUUCCCCGGGUUCCGUUCAGCAAUGAGAACACUUGGCCUACUAAACCUUCCUCUAUGCUUUCCUCCUUUCACAACACAGCCUCUUCUGUGGAGUAUAAGGAAAGAGCUGCGAAGCCUACCAAACGGCCUCGGCCUACAAAGAACCCCCCAACCCCUCGUAGCAUCUACCCAGGCAUCAACCAGCCCCCUAUCGCUGGUUACCAAACAAGACCCCCAAUCCCGAUAAUUUGUCCCGUUGGAUGUAUUUGUAAUCUUCAUAUCAAUGAUCUGGGUCUGACAGUGAACUGUAAAGAGAAAGGCUUUCACAACAUCUCUGAACUCCUUCCACGACCCCUUAAUGCCAAGAAAUUGUAUCUCAGUGGGAACCUAAUACAGAAGAUCUACCGCUCAGACUUCUGGAACUUCUCCAGUUUGGAUUUACUGCAUUUAGGGAACAAUCGGAUAUCAUACGUUCAAGAAGGCGCCUUUAUCAACUUACCAAACCUAAAAAGUUUGUAUCUAAAUGGGAAUGAUAUUGAACGCCUCACUCCUGGGAUUUUUCGGGGGCUUCAGAUGUUGAGUUAUCUUUACUUUGAAUACAAUGUCAUACGCGAAAUCCACCCUCAUUGUUUCUCCCUAAUGCCAAAUCUCCAGUUGGUUUUCCUUAAUGACAACCUUCUUCGCACCCUCCCCACUGAUGCCUUUGCUGGCACCAACCUUGCACGUCUUAACCUCCGAAACAAUUACUUUCUGUCCCUGCCUGUGCAUGGUGUCCUGGAGCACCUGACCUCCAUUGUUCAGAUUGAUCUCCAUCAGAAUCCUUGGGACUGUUCAUGCAAUAGCAUUCCCCUCAAGCAGUGGCUGGAAAAGCUCUCUUCUGUCAUUGUGGUUGGAGAUGUUAUCUGCAAGACACCCGAGUUUGCUUUUGGAAAGGACCUGCGUUCACUCGAGAUUGAGGUCAUCUGUCCUGAGCUUAAAUAUUCUUCUGGCCCCUCCCCAGCUCUUCCUGGAGGGGAUGACCUGACCACAGGGAACUCUGACCUGGGGGAGGCAAGUGGGAGAGGGACGGUCCCCCUGUCGGUCCUUAUCCUCAGCCUACUCAUCCUUUUCAUCUCAGCGGUGUUUGUUGCUGCGGGGCUAUUUGCCUUUGUCCUUCGUCGCAGGAAGAAGCUUCCCUUUAGGAAACGGUCAGAGGUAGAUCUCACAGGGAUCCAAAUGCAAUGCAGGAUUUUUGAGGACCCGCCAAGGCAAAGCAGCGCCGGGAACAUUUGCACACCAGAGAAGCCCACUCCCAGUAUGCACACACACACACACUCUAGUCACUCACAUGCUCAUGGCCAUGUUUAUGAUUACAUUCCCCAUCCUGUGACACAGAUGUGUAACAACCCAAUCUACAAGCCUAGAGAGGGAGAGAUAGCUGUGGAGGAGAGGGCACAGUUUUCAGAAAAGAAAGACAGUGGAAGCAGCAACAGUAACUAUAGAACCUUAUUGGAGAAAGAAAGAGAGUGGACCAUGGCGGUGUCCAACUCUCAACUAAACACCAUUGUUACAGUCAACCCCACCACGGCUGAUAUGGCAGGAUUCCAUGAGAAUGGGGGGCUCUGUCCUACGGUGAUUGACAGUCAGAGGCCCACACCAACAGUGGGCUUUGUAGACUGUUUAUAUGGGACCGUACCCAAACUAAAGGACAUGCACGUUGCACAUGCGCACCCACCAGGCAUGCAGUACCCGGAUUUGCAGCAGGAUGCACGUCUGAAGGAGACACUGCUUUUCACAGGGGGGAAAGGCUGCUACCCUGACCCGUCCCAAAGUGAUUACCUCGAGUUAAGGGCCAAACUUCAAACCAAGCCGGAUUACCUCGAAGUCUUGGAGAAAUCCUACCGGUUUUAACAACUCUAGCCCAUUGGAAUUAAGCAAAGGAAAAAAAAUUAUACAAGGCAACGUAAUCACUUUGCCACCUUGACAACAAAAUCACUCUAAAUCAAUAGUAAAAAUGAAACUUGAAAAAGCAGCAUGAUAUAAAGUGAUGAAAAUAUUAUAUUACAGUCACAAUUUUCCCCCCAAUUCACUUUGGAGGAAAGGUCAUUCUCAGAUAUUCUCUUAAGUGCCUUUUUUUCAGAGUAGCCAGCAAUGUCAACAACCGUUAUUUUUAUAAUAUAUGAAUAUGUCUAAAUGCCCACAAGUGAGCAAAACAGGAACAAGAGGGGCAUUGGGAAUAAAACAUACAAAGCAUCUCACAUCUAUCUAAGUCAUCUUUAUGGAAUAACUAUGACACUUACCAUGAAGACAAACGGGAGCCGGACGUCUCCCUGACUUGUUUUUCUUUUCUUUUUUUUUUUUCGUCUCUUUUCCCCCUGACUAGCAAGUGCGAACACAUGGAGGCUGGGUUCAUUAAGUUUGUAGGAAACGUUCAAAAGAGAGAAAAAAUACUCAUAAUAAAAAACGAACUGCAGUUUGCUGCAUGCACUUGCUUCAGUGCAGGAAGCGAGAGGAUUUACUCAGAACUAUCACGUCACGUUCUGAACAGAUACUGCAACGCAUUUACAGUUCAGUGUUCUAUUUAAUUUUUUAUAUCUUAUUAAUAUGGUUAUUACUAUUAAUGAGGACUUCUGUCUAUAUCAGGGUGCUUCUCGUAAAAAGGAUGCGCCGACGCACGGAUGGUAAAACAUUUGUGAAUAUUAUUACAAGACAAUGUCAAAGGUUUUCUGGAUAUUUCCACACACUUUGUUAAGACCCCCUCCCGUCCUCCUUCAUUGCUUCUGGAUUCCCCAUUUCCACCCACUAACAGCUUUGUAGGAGGCACUUUUAAUGUUUUCUUUCUCACAAAGAUUUGAAGAAAAAUGUGCAUAUAUUUAUUCUGUAAUUUCAGUGAAGAAUUUAAUUGUAAAGGUAAUGUUAAAUCAAUGUAUAGUGAUUAUGCGUCUGGUAUAGCCUUCUUAAUAAAAACAAGCUCUUGAAUCAAGUGAUUAAAGGGUUGAUGCCAUGGGAAAGUGUGUGCGGCGCUGUUUUGACAGGGUGUGCAUUCGGUGCCAUGCUGAAAAGGCGUGUUGAAGAUGUGACCAGAAGUUAUGUGAUACUGCUGCUGGAUAUGCAAUCAAAAAAUGCUUGACAGUGAAAGCAGGGGGCGGCAAUAAUAGCUUCACACAUUUCAGCCUUAUAUUUUAAGAUGGGUUCAUAAAAUCUGAUUGAAAUCAAAGGAAAGGAUUGAAAAAGCCGAGAUGGUAUUUAGUUUUGUUUUUUGUUUCUUUUCUGUUUGGAUUUCACCACUGGGAUGUUGUAACACAGUUUUUAUUUUCCCCCAAAUUGCUUGUCCUAGUCUGAUACAAUCUGAAGCCAAAAGAAAACCCAGUACCAGAACAAGUCAAGUGAAUGCUGCUGAGUUUGGAGUGAAUAGUAUAAUAGGCGAUACCAAAUCAUUGAGCCAUGCUGCGAUUGUCAUUAUCUAGACAGGGGAUUGCUGAUGUGGGCGAAUAAACAGUAAUUGAGAUGGUGAGUGAAAAUGUGAUUGGAAAAUGCUUUUUUUUCUUAACCUGCACAUCUAAUUACUCCCCCUCCUUUUUAAAUGGCUGGGUGAAUUCACUCCACCGGAGGGCGAUAGAAAGGUGUUCAGAUUCAUUUUGGCUGAUUUGAUGUAGAGACAUGAUAAUGAAAAAAAUAUUAAUGAAAAUACUGAACACAUUUUCUUUAAAGAAUUUCAAUUAUAUUUACAUAUGUAUAAGAAAUUGAAUAAAAUAUUUUAUUAAAUACAACAGAACAUCAUAUAAGAUUAAUCUAAAUAAAAUAUUGUCUUACAAAAAAAAAGAAAUAUUCCUAAGAGAGAUGAUAACUGCUUUUACAUUUUUUAAAUGUAUUUUCUUUUGAAUAUUUUUUGUUUACUGCUGACUUUAUUCUGCACUGAAAGUACUUGGGGAGAGUUAUUGAUCACAAACACCCUCCUCUGCAGCAGUUAUGGUUUGAUUCAUUGAGUUUCUCAUGUUAUUUCAUGUGCUCCUAUAUCAGCAUGGUGUACUAUCGAAUCAAGAUCAGGAAAAAGCAUAAAGAUUAAAGGGUAAAGGUUUAAACAAUUGGGUAACUAUGUUUCCUUAAUUAUCACUUUACAAUUCUCUUUUCUCUUUCCUGGAGUGAAAUUAUAACUUGGACAAAAUUAUCAUGAGGUCUUGAUGUUAAAAAAAUUGUGAAUAUUUAUGGGAGGAAGUUGCAUUUGAGGUUUUUUUUUUAAUUGGGAGUGUUAGGUACUUUGCUUUAACUGCAAUAGGAUUACUAGGAGUGCAGUUGGGUAUUAUGGUUACUUUUGUGUGUCAACUUACACUAAGUGAAUGAUAUGUAGCAACCACUUCCUCCCAGUUAAAGGACAAACACCCUUGGAUAGUGUAUAGCAUUCAUCUCUAGUAUUGGUCUUCAGUGAUCGCGUCUAUAAGCUUGAUUAUAUGGAACAUUUUAACUUGUGUUGUAUUCAUUGUUUCUUUCUUUUUGAAAAUUAUUGUUGCUCAAAUACGUGGAUGACACCUUCAUAUAAAGCCUUUGGAAGCAUGGUUUUAUAAUGUCAAG